AUGGGAUGCUCUGAAUCUACGCACUAUAAAUCAUCUCUUUAAAUGAGUCGAGAAUCUACUUUAGACACAUGCAGAAACUCUCCUGUCAAAACUAUCAUUAAAUUAGUUGAAGAUGAUAUAUUAAACUUUGAGGAUUUUGAUACUUCAGAAUUGGCUAUUGAAUAAACUACUUUUCACUUUUAUGAUUCUCUUUUGAAAAGAAUUGUUACGGUUCCUAAACUAAAGUCAAUUAAAACUUCAACUAUUCUCAAAAGAAGAAAGAAUAAUUAGAAAUACUGA